AUGUCGAACCCUCCCAGUGACACCCUCGAAUUCCCCGACUCCGAUCGCCAAUUCCUCGAACCUCACCUCCCGCCGCAAGAUGCCGCCGUUUCUACCAGCGCCCGACCUUUCGUCACCUUGACCUUCGCGACCUCGCUGGACUCGUCGCUGGCUCUCUCCCCAGGCACUCGAACAGUUCUCUCCGGACCUCAGUCAAAGGCCAUGACGCACUACCUUCGCUCGCGCCACGAUGCGAUCCUCAUCGGAGUAGGUACGGCGGUAGCAGACAACCCGGGACUGAACUGUCGCGUCCACGGCGUGGGGGGCUACGGCGGAUCGGGACUCCAGGGUCAACCGCGACCGAUCAUAAUCGACCCCACUGCGAGGUGGGAGUUGAAAGAGGACUCCAAGAUUUUGCAGCUUGCGCGCCAAGGACGCGGACGCGCCCCCUACAUCGUGACGGGGACGCGGUCGCCGCCGCCGGCGACAAAGGCCCUGCUAGAGAAACACGGGGGAAAAUAUAUCUGGAUGGACGUGGCUACGACGGAGAGCGGAGAGCAUCGGAUAGACUGGGAAGCCGUGCUGCAGCGGCUGCGCGAAGAGGAUCUGCACAGCGUGAUGAUCGAGGGGGGUGGCUCGAUUAUCAACUCGCUGUUGGCGCCGGCGUGUCAGAACCUUGUGGACUCGGUGAUUGUCACGAUUGCGCCGACGUGGCUGGGCCAAGGAGGCGUUGUGGUGUCGCCGGAGCGGACGAGAGACCAACAGGGCGCUGUGGUGCCUGCUUCGCGGUUGACGGGGGUCAAGUGGUAUCCGUUUGGGGAGGAUGUGGUGCUGUGUGGGCGGUUCAAGGGGUGA